AGGCAAUGCGCGUAUAAUGCGUGAGACGGGAUGCAACCUUAUUAGAGGCUCUCUAAUCUCACCGCUCAUGUAUUAUUCGCGCUUGCGAAUAGCUGAGGAUAUCAAUCUUUCGCUGCUGUUGAAUUGAAUCAGUUCAAUUCGUGUCGCGGAUCGUGUCGUGACGUGUAGUGCUGUGUCGCGAGCCCGUCCCAACGACACCAGUUCGCCCGAUCCUCGUCCUCCUGCCGCAGCAGAGUACCUCGUCUUCGCCGCCGUUGUACUACUUAAUCGAUGAGCAAGAUGGGGUGUGGAAUGGGAAUGAUCAAAUGCCUGCUCUUCAUAUUCAACUUAAUCUUCGCGCUAUGCGGCCUGGCCAUACUGACCAUGGGUGUCGUCGUGCACCGGAUACUCACGCACUACGCCGACGCGAAUAAGGAGACUGAAGGUCCCCUUGACGAGAAAAUGUGCCCGUGGAUAAGUCUGAUCGUGAUCGGCAGCAUAAUAUUCGUCAUCGCCUUCUUCGGAUGUUGCGGAGCGAUUCGCGAAAGCUACUGUAUGACCUUGACGUUUGCAUUUCUGUUGUCGACGAUCCUGAUCAUACAAACAGCCUUUACUAUCUACACUUUUGUCGUGAGGAAUUCCGACGAAAUCGAGGCCAGCAUAAGGAAGACGUACAUUGACGAGAUCUUCAACAAGUUCAAUAGGGACCAGAAGAGUACAGGACUCAUGAACGACAUUCAGGCUGUUGUUGGAUGCUGUGGUGUGGACAGUUACAGGGACUUCACGGACAAUGGUAAUACUAUCCCCUUCAGUUGCUGUGACGAUCUGAAAGAAUCUACCUGUACUCCUAACAACGCCAGCAAGAAGGGUUGCGUGCAAGUAUUGCAGAAGAGGUUCAAGGACAUGAGAACGACAGUGGGUACCGUCGCUUUGGGUACCGCGGUGGUCGAGCUGAUUGGCUUCAUCUUCGCGCUCCGCCUGGCGAAUUCCAUCAAGAACGAGCAACGUAGAUGCACCUCUAAGAGAUUGAGCGAUGAGACUAUAGACAAAAUGAUUAAUAUUGAAAUAAUAAGAUAAAGUCUAUUCUCUUUAUUGCUUUAUGAUAAUCAAAAUUUAAAUGUUAUAUUAAAUGUUUCAAAAUGAUGGCCUCCAGCCCAAGUCUCCAUGUCUCCAGCGGAGACAAGCAUUGUACCUAUCGAUGAUAGAACGAGUGGCUGACUAACAUUGUGCUUCUGUAAUUUCUUCGCACGUUUGCACAAUUCUUCGUUGUAAUGAUUGAAGGUCAUUAACAGGCACUCCAUACACUUUUUGCUUCAGAGUAUUCCAUACAAAAAAUCUAAUGGUGUUAAAACCGGUGAACGCGAAGGCUAAGCCACUGAUUAUAGUACGAGGAUACAAGUUUAUCCCACGAAACCAUUCGGCGAACUGACAAUUAUUUGGUACGAAAGGAAAGAGCUUUCUUUACAGUGCAAACGAAAGCCUAUCAAUGACCUUCAAUCUUCAAAACAAGAGCUAUUUCAAUAUUAUUCAGUCGUACAGUAUAGUAUAGUAUAGUAUAGUUCUGUAACUUAAGAUGUCGAUAUCUCUUGAACGAAGCGUUUGUGAGCAAACUUUAAGAGGAAAUUUUUGUUCGUUUUGAGAGAGAGCUCCUAAAUUUAUAUUUAAAGUUUGGCCGUUUAACCCGGAAACAUCUUGUAUAAUAAGUAAAGUGCGCCCGUGAAAAAGAGAGUCAAGACAGAGUCACUGCUCAGAGUCUUUUCUGGAGCACAUUGUAAACCGAUUAGAGAUUCGAUAGAAUAAAGAUAGUAAACGUUAA